CUUCCCCUCAUUUGCCUGUGUGGUGGUGACAGACAGCACACCCACAGAUACUUCUCCUUGUUCACAACGUUUUCAUGCCUGCAGAGACAUAUAGACUUUUUCGUGUGGACGUCAACAUUCGAAAUCUAUUUUUCUUUUGCAUGUCAUCAUGGGCUGGUUGCUGGCUGGAUGCUGUGGGCUUGCUUUGCUCAAUAUCUCAGUGGCCCUAAACCCCGGCGUGUGGAUUACCCAGAGGCCCCGGUUUUAUGGUGUGAAGCCCAGACGUAAUGUGGACAUUCACUGUGUGUCCUCCAAGAAAGUCCCACAUGACAGAGUGCAGUGGUACAAGGCCGACAAGUACGACUCUCAUAAAAAGGAAAUAAAGGCAGGCAAGAAGUUUCUCUUUCAUAGCAGCAAUCUGACCCAAAACGUUCUUCUCUUCAUCCGUCAUUUACAAAUCAAUGACACUGGAGUGUACUUCUGCAAGUUAAACGACACGUGGGGACCUGGGACUGCACUUCAAGUUGCCAGACCCCUUGACGUCGCCCAGGCACUGUACAGGAGCAAGAUGAAGGAUGCUCUCAUCGUCCUCCAGGGCCUGGUGUUGGUUGUGUUCAUUGCUUCUUUACUGCUACGCAAACAACAACUGCAGUUGGAAAAGAGGGACAUCAUAUAUGAGGAGCCUGAAACUGAUCACAUCUAUGAGGGUUUGGCGAUUGAGACGUGUGGAGGAGAUCUGUAUGAGGAUCUCUGUGUGUACGCCCAGCCUGAAGAUGCUGAGGCCCCAUGGGAGUGAGACAGCCUCACAAUAACUUGCAACAUUUUGAUUAUAAAAGUACAAAUUGUACAGUGAUAGGAGUCCUCAGUGGAGAUUAGUCACUUAGUUUAGUACAAUGAUUGUUUAUGAAUGUGCAACACAGAAUUCUUAAAGGCUUUCUCUAUGUGCUGUUGAUUUUAUGCUAUGUAGUAACACUGGAGUGAAUAAUCAGUUGUGAAUGAAGUCCACUGAAAUGUAAAAGAACAAUUUUACAAUUCAGACUCAACAGCUGACAUUUCAGCAUUUUUGGUGCUUUUUUAGUAAAAAGUGUCAUG